AUGGAAAACAAACCAAGAGCACUUAUCGUCGGUGCUGGGAUUUCUGGUCUUUCGGCGGCUUGGUGGUUGGACAGAGCAGGCUGGUCAUCUAUCUUGAUCGACAAAUCCUCGACCAUUCAAGAUGGUGGUUAUAUGAUGAGUCUCUACGGUCUCGGGUACAAAACCGUCUGCAAGAUGGACCUCAAUUUAAAACCAAUCAUCUACACCUUCGAUGAGGCCACAAUUCAGGACCGCAAGGGAAAGGAGUUGGUUCGUCUGCGAUGCGAGGACUUCCACGGCAUUCCCGGCAUCAACCUGUGCCGGGGCGACCUUGCUCAAGCUCUUCUACAGGCUCUCCCCACGUCCGCCACUAUUCGCCUCGGAGAGACAGUUGCGGACGUGCUAGAUGAAGGCGAUAAAGUUCGGGCAACACUUGCGAGUGGCGAAACACUCGAGGGAGAUCUCCUCAUAGGGGCAGACGGGGUACGCUCUACUAUUAGAGACCGGCUUUGGAAAGGCAAGAAUUGUCUUGACCAACUUGGAUAUUCCUACGCAACCUAUGAGCUUGACGCUGUUGACGAUGAAGCAAAGUCCCAGUCCGCUUGCGACUGCUUCCUCAGCCAUGGACGCAUCGACGAGUUCUUUAACUUGAGGAACGAGCGAGUAGCGGCUCUCCAUGUAUGGCAGGAUGGGGCAACCCAGCCGCAAGAUCGAGAGUUGGGAUUCAAAAUUCUCCGUGAUAUCACAAAGACAGCGCCUCCUCUUGUCAAAACUGCCCUCGAACGCGCAGAAAAGUCGGGGUCCACGCCGAUUAUUGACACUCUAGCCAUGGUUAAGCUUAAGCACUGGUCUAAGGGCCGCAUCAUGCUCCUGGGCGAUUCAGCACACUGCCUUUCAUUCUUGUCCAACAAGGGAGCAGGUAUGGCUCUAGCCUCGGCAGAGCUCCUGAGCGUUGAGCUUACAAAAACGAAGGACGUCGCCCAGGCUCUGGUCAAUCAUGAGAAGAAGCUGCGGCCAAUUAUUAAAAAUUUACAGCACCGCAGCCGGAAGAUGGCGCCAAAGUACAUUCCUACAAGUUUGUUCGAAUAUCGCAAGAAAAAGUUUUUCACAAGGCUGGUGCCAAAUUCGUUGGUUGUACGGCGCCAUGAGAAGAUCAUCAAGUAUGAGAAUAAUCUGAUCAUACAAUAA